AAAAAGAAAAAUCUAUCCUAAUAUAUAUAUAUAUACAUAUAUGUAUUUAUUUAUUGUUAGAAAACGUUCACUUACGUUAUUUCGACGCGAACCAUAGUCUGCACACAAGAAACGAUGCGGCUACUGUCGACAACAUUGUGACAAAGUUUUGAUACUUCGUGCAAUUCAUCAUCGAUAAAUCCCAUGGACGAGAAUAACUAAAUGUUUCUUAACUCGAACGAUUAUAUAUAAACGAAGAAUUACGUUAUAUCACUGUACCAAACUUGAUACCAUCGUAAUGAAAUAACAAAAGAACAACGGCAUAACCUCAAAAUCGAGUUACAUGAAACGCGAGAUCGUUUCGUUGCGACGUAGAAUAUAAGCACCGAUACUUUUACUACUUGAUAGUAAUAACUCGUGUCACCUUACCAAGGUCAUUCUCGUUUUUUUCCAAACGUUACCUAGUUUAAUGGCAUUCAACAAUGAAGAAGGCUAGAUAACACGAUUUCUAUUUCGUAUAUUACGAACGAUCGAUAAAAAAAAUCAAUGCGAAAAGUAAUAACGUUUUUACGUUUAUAAAAUAUAAAUUCUUACUAUUUUAAUAGUAAUACAACGAAUUUCUACCUCUGUGUCUUCUUUCAUACGAAGAAUCUCUUUAAAAAUAUUCUACGAUAAUAAGCUUCGUGUUCUUCUAUGUCGUCAUGGCUCCUUUUGGCGCCCAACGAUAAUACAUAAAUACUUGAAUAGCGUAACAAUUCAAAUUUUGGCGCGUCUUCUUUAAUUACGCAAUAUUUUUAUACAUAUUUUUAUGUUUUCAUAUAAAAGUUAUAUAAUACGAUAAAUAUAAUCUGUAUGUUCGUGAAAAACGUUAGAAAUAACUUUUAAUAAUAUACGUAUGUAGAAAAAAAAAAAAAGAAUUAUCGAAACGUAUUUCGAUGCUUCUUAUGUAUCUUAAUAAAUUAUUCCUUCAUUAAUAAUUAUUUUAUCAGUAGAAUAUAUAUAUAUAUGUAUAUAUAAAUAAUUUCAUCGAGAGUAUAACGUAACGUAAGAGCUUACAACGUUCACACGUCGAGGUACUCGAGCGAACUGACUAGGUUAAGACGAGUGAGAUCAUUCGUUCGUUAUUGUUUACGCAAAGAUCAAAGUGCCUUUCUCGAUACGUUUUUAAUGUAUGUGUAUAAUACAUGUAAUAAACAUCUGAAGUCUAAUAACGAUCGUUUAUUGUAUAUAAGUUCCACAAAAAUACAUACAUAUAUAUAUAUAUAUAUAUACAUAUUUUUUGACACUCGUAUUUUUUAAAUAUUUUCGCAAUAAAUAUUUAUAUCAAAAAAAAAAAAAAAAAAAAAAAAAAAAAAAACUUGGUAAGCAAAUUUGGAUACAAAAUUAUGAUAUCUCGAAAUGUCCAUAAUCGAUAACAGAGAAAGUGUAGUUAUCGAUAGCGCUACACUAGCGACUCCUAUACUCUAAGUAAAACACGUGUUAGACGAGCGUCCUAGUAAAUCCUAUUAAGAGGUUAUGGUCGGUGAAAAUAAAUACGUUGAUCGAAGAAAAUCCGAAGAAAUUGUAAUUCACGAUAAUUAUACGAUAUCAAGGUAUAAUCAAUUUAAAGAGACGCAAUGGAAGUUAUUUUAACUAGUGAUAAUGUCGCCGAAAAUUGGAGCGCAGCAGUUUGGGAUCCAAAUACAGGAUCUCUUUUGUCUACUUACAAGCAUGCAACACCUAUACAAAAUCACACGUUACAAAUGUUAAAUGAUUGUUAUUUAUUGGGUGCGGAUUCAACGAAACCUCGACUUCAUAUAUGGCCAUUAAACAGUCAAAGGCCAUUGUCCAAUAUCAGAUUGACAACACCAGGCAAAGUAUCAGCAUUAACGUCAACACCGGAUGGUUCUUACAUCGUCGCUGGUAUUAGUGAAAAACUAUACGUUUGGCAGGUUUGUAAUGGGAGAUUAUUAUCGAUAAUAACGCGCCAUUAUCAAACGGUAACCUGUUUAACAUUCACCAAAGACAGUUCUAUGUUCGUGAGCGGUGGAGAAGAUGGUUUGAUAUUCGUUUGGUCUUUGUUUCGUGUAAUAAACGAGAAAGAACAAGCAACGGCCCUUUAUUCGUUUUCUAAUCAUACUUUGCCAGUGAAAGAUCUUUACGUUGGCCAUUGUGCACCACGUGCGAGGUUAUGUUCCGUUUCAUUGGAUCGUACGGCAAAUAUUUAUGAUCUCAAUGACGGUAAACUCCUCGUCAUUCUCGUUUUCGAUUUACCAUUAACUUCAAUUUCCAUGAAUACGAAAGAGAGCGAAUUAUUUGUGGGUUGUACGAACGGUUUGAUCUUUAAAUUUGAUUUACACGAACCACCACGAGGUAUCGAACACCAUGUUAAAUCAACGGGAACAAACGAGGAAGACGACGACAGCGCCGUUUAUCGUGGCCACGAGUCAACCAUUGUUUCUCUGUCGGUAUCUAGCAAUUGUCGUAAUCUACUUUCCGCUUCCAUAGAUAGAAAAGUACAUCUUUGGGACGUAAUCAGUCGACAGAUUCUCAGAACUUUCGGACACAAAGGACAAAUAACUUCGGCAUUCUUUGCCAAACGUUUCAAUAAUUUUCAAAUCCACGAUCUAAAGCCUAGUUUAAAAAUUCAACCCUUGCAAAGGGUCUUGGAUAAUAACGCGAAGGAAAAUGUAAUUGAGAUCAUCAGGCAAGGACGAGACACUUCCGAUAUUUUAGACUUUGAUUCUUACGUUGAAAAGGAAUCUCUUCGAACAGAAAUUAACGAUCAUACUUCUCGUAAACUCGAAACUGCGUUGGAGGAAAUUGAAAAACUUAAGAUGAUCAAUUCGACUUUAUAUAAGUACAGUGUUAAAUGUAUUUUACUUAAAUCGAUGAACAACGAUCAGAUAGAUUAAUAAGAAUUGUUUUUACAAAAAAAGUAGAAAACAAUUAUCACAUGUAAAAUGAGAAAUAAUAAAAAUAUUCUAUAAGGAAAUUAGUAUUUUUUAAUUACUUCUUUCAUUCUUUUUUUCUUUCCCCCGUGAUAAAAAUUAAAUAAACAUUAGAAUGUCGAGUUUUGAUUAGUAUCGAAAUAUAGAAAUUACUCGAGAUAUAAUACCAAGAUUCGUCCGCUUUUAAUGAGUACGAGAUGAGAGAAAAGGGUUCUUCAUUUCUUCCUCUCUUAAUUUCAACAACUAAUAUUCAAUUUAUAAAUAAUUUUCUAUAUUACUAGUAUUACU